GUGCCGCAGACACUCCGGAAGUGAGGCGUUUAUUGACAACAUGGCGACCGGGCUAGUUGAGAAGAGACUGGAAAUUGUUCGGUUUUCUCAAUGAACCCAAAUGUUGAUGGUCAGUGCGACAGCUGCGUGUGAAAGACUGUUAUGAAUGAAGGGAGACGGGAGAUCGCGGGAUGUUGUCUCUGAGCUGAGCGAGCGUUCACAGCUUCACAUUCAUCAUGUCGUUCUUCAGGCGGAAAGCUAAAGGAAAGGAACCUGAGCGACCAGCAGAUCCCAAAGCCAGCAAAACCCCAGUGUCACCCCACUCCCCCUCUCCCAGCGGCCGUAAUCAUGGUAUAUUUGAAGCAGCAGGGCCCAGCCAUGUGGCUAUCAGUGCAAUCUCAGCCAACAUGGAUUCCUUUGCCCGUGGCCGCACUGCCAUCCUCAAGAAACAGCCUAGCCACAUGGAGGCGGAACACUUUGGAGACCUAGGUCGUUCCAGUGUGAACUACCACGUUCAGGAGACUCGCUCUCGCCUUUCUAAAACUUUAGACCAGAUCUUGCGGGAUAAUGUGGCCAUGCCCUACUUCGUACAGUUUAUGGAGACCCGCUCGGCUGAGCACCUGGUCCGCUUCUGGUUUGAGGCUGAGAGCUUUCGUUCAAUCAGCUGGUCCAGGGUCAGAGCGCACAGCCUUAACUCAGUCAAGCAGAGCACCUUGGCUGAGCCUGCGACUGCUUCGGGAUCUCCCGACUCGCCAGACUCCCCCUACGACGCCGCCGGCACCUCUGCUGUGGACGAAGAUGACGGCGAGGACCCUUUUCUAUCCCGGACUCCCUCCAGACCUCUUACCCCCAGUCCCCAGGACACUAACUCGCAAACUGGGGCUCAGAUGGGCCACAGGAACUCCAUUAGCUCAGAAGGGUCGGUCCGGCCGGGAACCCCUCGGCUGCAGCCUACGCUACGGUCAGAAACGCCCACCAGACAGUCCACCUCCAGGACGGGCACUCCAGUUAAAGGUCAAACUACUGGUGGUCUACAUGAGCUCUCUGAGAAGCUUAUGAAAAGUAUAGAGAGAGAUGCAGUUAGCAUUUUCACGAAGUACAUAUCUCCAGAUGCUGCUAGACCAAUUCCCAUCACCGAACAAAUACGCAAUGACAUUGUGGCGAAAAUCUGUGGAGAGGAUGGGCAGGUGGACCCAAACUGCUUUGUCAUUGCACAAUCUGUCGUGUUCUCUAUCGUCGACCAACAGCACUUUAGUGAAUUCUUGCGCAGCCAUUAUUUCUGUAAGUACCAGAUCGAGGUGUUGACCAGCGGUUCUGUGUACUUGGCUGACAUCCUGUUCUCCGAAUCUGCCCUCUUUUACUUCUCUGAGUUCAUGGAGAAGGAAGAUGCAAUGAAUGUGCUGCAGUUCUGGAUGGCUGGAGAAAACUUUCAAGAUCAGCUGGCUGCCAAGAAGGGCCAGUACGACGGACAGGAGGCACAAAAUGACGCCAUGAUCCUUUAUGACAAGUAUUUUUCACUCCAAGCCACAAAUCCUUUGGGUUUUGGUGACACUGUACGAAUGGAGAUCGAGUCUAAUAUCUGUCGAGAGGGUGGACCUCUACCAGACUGCUUCAACACUCCUCUAAGACAGGCCUGGACCACCAUGGAUAAGGUUUACAUGCCAGGAUUUCUGUCCAGCAACCUUUACUACAAGUAUUUAAGCGACCUAAUCAACUCCGUGCGGGUGGAUGAGUUUGUCGGGGGAAACGGCAACACUUUUAGCCAGGGCUGGACCCCGGAAGGAGACCGCAACUCAAGUGGCACGGAGGGGUCACAAGCCCAGUCGCAGCAAGGUACUAGAAAAGCGGCCAUCAAGAUCCUGAAGAACUUUGACGAGGCGAUAACAGUGGACAUUGCCAGUCUGGAUCCAGAAUCUCUUUACCAGAGACCAUACGCUGGAAGAAUGACCUUUGGAAAGGUGAAUGAACUGGGCCAGUUCAUUAGAGAGGCUGAACCAGAACCAGAUGUGAAGAAAUCCAAAGGUUCUAUGUUUUCACAAGCAAUGAAGAAAUGGGUCCAAGGAGACUCGGAUGAGGCUCAAGAGGAAAUGGCAUGGAAGAUUGCAAAAAUGAUCGUCAACGAUGUCAUGCAACAAGGACAACAUGGCAGUCCUGAAGUGAAGUCAACAAAACUAUGACCAUCUCCUCUGGAACCCGCUCGUACGCUCCCUGACGACGCAACGGCUGCAGACAGAGAACGACCUGAAGAUCACGGCUGAUUUUAACUAAUCAGCGAGGAUAGCAAACGGCAUUCCGUGUUUCCUGCAUGUGUUUGUGUGUGUGUGGAUGUUUGGGAUGUGCCCACUAGUAGCCAAAAAGCAACCAUAUGAUCCGCCCAAUCCUUUCCGAGCGCUCUGAAGGACUUUUGUUUAUUACGAUAAAGAGCGAACCACAUAUUUAAACAAACCUGUACACAAAUGGAUCAUAAUGAAGAAAGCUGCGAGAAUACCGACACAAGCUGAGGAAUUUCAAAACGCUCCUGCCUCGCCAUUGUGUUCGACUGACAGGAAGUGCACAGGAAUCCAAAACCGUUCUUAUUAUCUUAGCUCUUAUGUCAUCUCUCUUUUAUCCUUUUCAUUCACUCCCUUUUUAAGUAUAGUUAUGAAGUCAUCAGGUCUUUUUUAGUAUAUGAAAAACAAAAGAAGAAACCCAGGGUGACUAUGUACAGUUUUGCUGUAUGCCAUAGUGGAUUUGAGUCAACUGGAAUGGCAACUAACAAACCCUGGCAAAUGGUUUUGGACUGCUCCCUUGAAUUCCUUCUUAGAACCCUCUCCCGGUCUGAUCCUAGAUCAGUGCAGACUGUAGAAAUACUCCACAGACCGCUAGGGUUGUCUAUCUCCUUUAUAAAUGUGGAUUCCUGGUUUACCACCAUAUAUUAAUGUUUAUCUUUUUUUUAUGGUGAUUGUCUUUUUUUGUAUGAUAUGUCAAGACUCUGUCAGAGUAGAUCUCAAUGAUGACUGUUCCUGUUGAAACGUGUACUUGUUCGAGUCAUUGCUUUGGACCUCAUUGAGAUGUGGGCAAGAAACAGGCAAAAGACUUUUGGUACUAUGUACCACUAAUAUGUUUUCUGACAUAUAUGUGUACUUAAUCUAUAAUAUAUUUAAAUGUGUUUGAUUUAAAUACAUAUAUUGUUGAAAUGUC